GAAUAUCGUAGUUGAGAGAUUUGAAUACCAAUUAUCACGUGCUAAGAUUUUUCAAAGCAAAAGUUAAGUAAAUCCAAGGAAGUAAAACCAAACAACACAAACAAACAUGUGCAAUAUUAGUAGUGUAGCUAUAGUGUCACUUAUGGGACUCUCUCUAUAAAAUCAAAACAGAGAUUCAAGUCAUUCUUCAAAAUAAAAACACAUAAUAAACUGAUCUCAAAGCUUUGCCAAGAGCCAUGCAAGUACUACAAGUUUCAUGGCAGGCCUUAAGUGGCUUCCAAAGCCCAAAAAAUCUCCAACUGAGAAGCCCAUCACCAAAGCCCAGAUUCCGAGUCUCCGCCGUGGCCUUACCACCACCACCGAUGUCGCCGGAUAUAGAAGAAGUUUUCAAGUCACUAGAGAGCUGGGCCACCCAAUCAAUUAUCCCACUGCUAAAGCCGGUGGAGGAAUCUUGGCAGCCCCAAGAUUUGUUACCAAGCCCAACCUAUAAUAAUGUCGAUGAAGAAUUCUUCGAUCAGAUCCGUUCGAUUCAAGAUCGUGCGGCUGAGAUUCCAGAUGAGUACUUUGUUGUCUUGGUUGGAGAUAUGAUCACGGAGGAAGCAUUGCCUACAUACCAGACCAUUAUGAAUUCUAUUGAUGCCAUUAAGGAUAAGACUGGAGUUUGCUCCAGUCCAUGGGCUCGGUGGACCCGCGCAUGGUCCGCCGAGGAGAAUCGCCAUGGUGACUUGCUUCGUACCUAUUUAUAUUUAACGGGUCGGGUCGAUAUGACCAUGGUUGAACGUACUAUCCAACACUUGAUUGGAGCUGGCAUGGAUGCAAGAUUCAACAACAAUCCAUACUUGUUUUAUGUGUACACAUCAUUUCAAGAACGAGCCACGUUUGUGUCCCACGGCAACACGGCCCGCUUAGCGAAAAACAACGGAAACCCACUCUUGGCGCGCAUUUGUGGGACUAUUGCGGCCGAUGAGAAGCGUCACGAGAUUGCGUACGUAAAAGUGACCGAGAAGCUCUUAGAAGUUGACCCAAAUAAUGCCAUGCUAGCAAUUGAAGAAAUGAUGAGGAGAAAGAUCACAAUGCCGGCCUUCCUUAUGUACGAUGGAUGCGACCCCAUGCUAUUCCACCAUUUCUCGGCUGUGGCUCAGCGCCUCGGCGUCUACACAACUGAUGACUACGCCAACAUCUUGGAGUUCUUAAUCGGACAGUGGAAGUUAGAGAAGAUGGAAGGGUUGAAACCCGAAGCUCAAAGAGCGCAAGACUAUGUUUGUGGCCUGGCACCGAGAAUUAGGAGGCUGCAAGAGCGAGCUGAUGAGCGCGCACGGAAGAUGGGGCCUCUUAGUGUCAAGUUUAGUUGGGUUUUCAACAAGGAGGUUCUUCUCUAGAAGGAAAAAUUUAUUAGGGUUUAAAUAAACAUGAAUUAUUAGUGUAAUAAAAAAGAGUGAGCAUUUACCUUUUUUUUUUCUUAUAAUUAGUAUGUUUAUCUAUGUUGUUGCUUCGUAUGUUAUAUUUUGCUUAGGGAAUUAGCGAGAGUUCUUUUUUCUAUCUUUUGAUAGUGCAAUAAAUAUGGUUGUAAGGAGUUAUUUGA